CCGCCCUUCCCUUCCCUUCCUUUUCCCCUCCUUGCCCCUCACUGUGUGAGUCCUGCCCAGCGCGUGGACCGCCUGCGCCCCUUCGUUCUCUGCCACCCUUUCGAUAAGAAGCUUGAUAUGCAGCUCGGCGUGCUCGUCGUCCUCGCGGCCGUCUCCGCCGCGCUCGCCGUCCCCGUCCCUGUGCCGGACCAGGGGCAGAAGCCCGCCGACGGCGGCCCGAAAUCCCCCGCGCCCGCUCCCGCUCCCCCACCCGGGCCACCCGCCGCCGGCAAACCCGCCCCCGCCAACGCGAACGACAAGACCGGGGACACCUUCGCGGAGAUCCACCUCCCCGCCGCGACCGGCAUCAUCCCCCCGAACCCCGGGCGCGAGGAGGAGACGCACCCCGGCAAGCCCAAGGGCGGCGGGUGCGUCGUCGCGUGA